GUAGCGGUCCGGUCCGGACCCCUAGGCCGAACCAUCGAAAGGAGUACUCAAAUGGCAACCGUUCGGCAAAGAUCCGCUGCUAGUUCAUCGACUUUCGCGCUAUCUACAGCGCGUCGAUCUCCGGCACUUAGCCGGCAUUUCGGGUUCGUAAAUUCCUCCAUGGACUUCUUCUCACGGACAUAACCCCGCUCGAGCAGCGCUCUGUCGCUUUGGCAGGAGGCAAAGGGCGAGAGACCUUCCGAAAGAGCAUUGCCUUGCAUGAGGGCCCUUGGUCCGUACUGGCCUUUGCUUUGUGGACGACGCACCUCUUCCCGUCGUUCCCGGGACAAGGCCAUCGUCGGCAUCGCUUUCUGUCGUACCCGCCUUUUGCGGUAUGGAUAUGGACAACAGCGGCCGUCGUGUCAAUCACCGUCAACCGCUUAGACGGCGACGGGCGUCCCCGGACGUCGGUGUAAAGGCCGCCCGGCAGGCGGUGGCCUCAAGAGGCGGGGUCGUCCGGACCCCCUGGGCAUUGAAGACAAGGAUGCCCGGUUGCUGGCACAUUCAUUGCGGAGCAAUUCAGAGUGCACAAGGAAUAGCACGUUGUCCCUCAACCUCUCUAUACUACUAUUUCAUGGCACGAUUUCAAUUCCUCAAGUUAAGUCCGUUUUUCGUAUCGAAUUACUCUACUCAUGAUCCGAUCCCGAAAAUUUACGUCGAGCCUGAAUUAAGUAGCAUUUCGUUUCCGAAUUGUGACUCGACCACCUUCAUCGAUUUAACUCUUUCUUUUUCUUUUUUUGGGGGGGUCAACCGUCAAAUUGAAGUCCCGACAACUCAGUGCAACCUAGCGACACAUCCGAUGUCUCCAACAUGAUCGCUCAAGUCUGCGACCACACCCUCAACAAGAAGCUGUGCGGGACGGUUCUCGAGACGGGUGGCACGGCGAGCGACUUCCCGGGCCUCGCCAGGAUCGCCCUGAAGGCCGCGAUGGCGAACGCGAGCGCCAUCUUCAACCACGUCAACGACCUCGCCCACACGGCCACCCCCGACCCCUUCGUGCGGCAGUGCCUGGCGGACUGCUCCGACGACUACCAGGACGCGAUGGACCAGAUCGAGGACUCCCUGGCGGCGAUCGACUCCCGGGGGUACGACGACGUGAGCGCAUGGGUCGGGGCGGCGAUGAAUGACGCGGACUCGUGCGAGGAGGGGUUCAAGUCGAAGAUGGGGUACAGCUCACCGCUCACCGACAUGAACGCGGCGUUCCACGAGAUAUGCACCGUCGCGCUCGCUGUGACCAAUCUGUUGAUCGAGAUGUGAUCCGCCGUAGUAGUUCGUUCGGAAGUCGAUUGGGAUUGAAUUCGAGGAGCAGUCCGCAAUCAAUGGCGCGACAGAUUGAUGAGCGCUAAUGAACGCAUCAAGAUCUGCAUGGAUCGAUCUGGUCGUGCAUGCAAGCCCCGCCUCAGCCACCUUGAUUAGUGAUGUCAUUAGCAUUAAUUACCGUUAAAUUAUGGAAGCUAAUCAAUUAAUGAAAGUGCUGUUUCAUUCAAGGACUGUUUUGCAAA